AUGGCAUCGACUGAAAGAGGGUUUUAUGCUGGUACUAGAUCAUUUUCAUGGUUGGCAGAACUAAUACAUCUACCCAUUGAUCAGGUGAACUUUUUAGUGUGCCAAUUUACUGCUUUGGCAUUUGCUGUGUUGUACCGAAAAGCAUUUUGUCCAUUGAGAGUCUCUACAGAAAUUCGUCAUGGAGUUGCUCUUGUAAUAGGCAUUGGAUUAGGAUAUUUUUGCUUCGGACAUCAAAUUUCACACCUAGUCGUUCAAGCCACACUUAGCUAUAUAAUUAUGAAUAAUUCAAAUCCUCAAAUUAUGCAUAGACUGGUCAUAUUUGUUUCCCUUAUGUAUUUAUCAUCCAUGCAUCUCAUGAGGCUAACAUAUGAUUAUGGAGGUUGGACGGUUGAUGUUACAGGCCCAAUGAUGAUAACAACUCAAAAAGUUAGCAGCUUAGCUUUCAGUCUGCAUGAUGGCCUUUGCCAAAAUGAAGAAAAGAUGACUCCUGAGCAGAGAAGACAUGCUGUUAGGCAUGUACCAUCAGUGUUGGAAUUUUUCAGCUAUAUCUUCCACUUUCAAGCACUUAUGUGUGGCCCUCUUAUCUUCUAUAAUGAUUAUGUUGAUUUUGUGGAAGGCAGAAACUACGAAAAAAAUGCUAGUCCAAAUAUUAUUGUUUUUCGUAAAGUAGUUGUCAGUUCUUUUUGUGCACUGUUUUUGGUGACAAUAGCACCUUAUUUUCCCAUCACAUAUUUGAAAGAUCCCAAGUUCCUAAACAAUACCCCUUGGUAUUCCAAGCUAAUAUAUUUGGUAUUAGCUACAUCUGUAGUGAGAUCAAAAUAUUACCAUGCAUGGCUUCUCGGUGAAGCUGUUUGUAAUGCAUCAGGCAUGGGAUUUAAUGGGUGUUCUGGAGAUGGAAGAUCAAAAUGGGAUCUUAUGUCUAAUGUUGAUAUCAUAAGAUUCGAGCUUUCACUUAAUUUUCGAGAAACAUUAGAAACUUGGAACAAAUCAACUCAAAUGUGGCUACGUACUAUUGCCUAUGAUAGAGCUCCAACUCACAAAACAUUUUGGACCUAUGUAUUAUCAGCAUUGUGGCAUGGAUUUUAUCCAGGCUAUUAUUUUACUUUCCUUGGAGGAGCCAUUUUCACAUUAGCAGCCAGAUCUAUUCGUCGUAGUAUUCGACCACUUUUCCAAGGAAGCAAGUAUAUGUCCAGACUGUAUGAUAUUCUUACCUGUAUCACAACCAGAUUUGCUUUAGCUUACAUUGUCUUUCCAUUCAUACUUCUUGAAUGCAAUGCUUCAAUUGCUGUUUAUGCGUGA